AUGAAGGAACAAAUAAUCAAUGCCAAAAGUAUAAUAAAUGAUUGUAUUAUUUAUGUAAGAAAAUAUUUUAGUUUCCAUGAUGCAACAGUAUUAUUGAUAGAUGAACUUAUAAAUAUCAUGAUAAAUAAUGAAUGUGUACCCCUGGAUUUGAUUAACCAAAAGGAUGAGAUACAUAUACUUGUAAAAAACGAAUUAAAGUAUGAAUUUCUAAGAAUCUAUGAAUCAUUAAAAUGUACAUUAAAGGAUAUAAAUAAAUGCCUAAAAAAGUUAGUACAAGUAAAAAAACAAGUAGAAGAUUAUACAACUCAUAACAAGCUUGAUAUAUUAAAUAUGCUACAAAACUUUUUAAAAAAAACAUUAAUAUAUUUUAAACAAGAUUACAAAUUGAAGAAAACAUUAUAUCAUACAAUGAUUCAUAUUGAUAAAAACUCCGAUGACGAAAUAAAUCGUUUAAAGUUAAUUUGGAAGGAAACUCCAUUUUUAUAUUUAAUCAUUCAAAAAUUUCAUCUUAAUAAAAUAAUAACGGAUUGUUCUCAAUUCCUAAACAAAACAUAA